GGACAUAACUGACAGAAGUCGAAGCAGAGACGGCAUAAAUGAUAUUUGGUCACAGUCGCACACAUGUCUCGUUGCAAAAUUAUAUAACAGAAUUAUUUCAUGUUUUAUUUUUUGUAAAAUCAUUACAAAUUCGAUAAAACGUUCUGCAUGUUCGGUACGAAUCUGCUUGUACGAGUGACAUGUGUGCAACAUUCAAAUGCUUCUCAGAAAGUUGUUUUUCAGUGUGCCGUACCAGAAUAAAAAGAUGUGUUGUUAGAUUUAUAAAUAAUAAGCCUAUAUAUAAAAUUAGAUGUUAAUGAAGUCUAGAUGAUAAACCACCAACGUUGGUGAAAUGCACAUGUGUAUCACCGAUAUUUUCAAUUGAUCGCUUUACCAUUGUAAUGAAAUGCAGCAUUUCUUCCUUUAGUUACCUAGCAACUAUGCAACAGCGUGUUGUCAAACAAAUCUCACUCGACCAAGUAUUGCUAGCGUUAGCUCGGUCAAGUUAACUACCUUAGUCCACUAGUAUUUUCUCCUGCUUGAAGAACAUCAAAAUGUCUAAAGCUGUGUAUCCCCGAGAAAGUGUCUACAAUCUCAUUCCAAAGGAAGAGGUUCAUCUGCAAAAAACCCAAAGGUAUAUGUCGAAAUUUAGGCCGACAGUUGUUCUUGAGAAAAAGUCCACCAAGGAUGCAAUGAGGACGAUGGGACCAGCAAAAGUAGAGGUACCAACCCCUGAGAAAUACCUCAAGAAGCAUUCAAAAGAGCUCAAAUUACCUGAACAGGCGCAGAAAGUGGUUAUUAACAGCUACACUAUGAGGAAAUCAGCUGUUCCUGCAAGGACAGACAACCCACCAAUGGGCUUUCAAACCCAGAGAGACUUUAUAAAGACAGCUACAGCGGUGCCAAUGAAGCCCAAGCCUACAUCUGUGGACACCAGUAAGGGACACAAGCAGCUCCUUGAGAAUUCAGGACUUGUCCCCAAAUACAUUAAGAAAAAGCAUUAUGGAGAGGUUCCUGAGUAUCUGCAGCAGCGCAAUGAAGAAGAGCAGAGAGCUCAGGAGGAGUACGACAUGUUUGUGGAAGAACAGAGGAAGCAGGGAGCCAUGAAACAUCUGUCGGAUGAGGAGAGACACAUCGUCCUGGAGGGCCUGAAGAAGAAUUGGGAUGAGCUGCACCAUGACUACCAGGGCCUGUCACUGGUCACAGACAACCUGUCCAAGAAGGCCCGCAGGGACAGUCUAGGGACGGCGAUGAAGCAGCUAGAGAAUGACAUCAAACUCAUUGAGAGGUUCAAGACCAUCUACAUACCCAGUUACUAAUAGGACAUACAAAUCUUCAUUAAAUCAGAUGUGCUGCACUGUUUGUUUUCAUACUCCCCCCUUCAAAUAUGACAUGGGCUUUAGUAAAAUACAGUUCUGUGCUUGCAUAUUUUUGUGAUAUCUCAUUUAAUCAAUGAAAUGUAUAAAUUUCUAUCCCCAAAUUAUUGUCAUUCAGAAAAACCUUCUGGGGAAUAUGUUACUUAUUAUUAAAACAUUGAAUAGCAGUCUUCUCAGUCAUUGAGAUAUUUCACUGGACUAUUGCCAUUUUAAGGUCCAUCUACACUGAAACAACUGAAACGUUGACUUUAACCAAAUGUAUUAUGUCAAAAGAUUUCACAUAACAGUAUGAGGUUAGUUGAAAGCAAUACUAUUAAGUUGAACCUAAUGUUGCCUAAUAUUUGUUGCUUUCAACUAACCACGUACAGUUAUGUGAAAUCUGUUGACAUAAUGCAUCUGAUUAAAGUUUCAGUUUUUUCAAUGUAGGGGAAGUAAUGAUCUUUCUAAAAUACUCUGUAAAUCUAGGGAAAAAGGUGUCAUUUGUAAAAACACUAAAAUAUAUCUGCCCAAAUAAAAUGUGCUUCAUGAAAAGCUGAAC